GCAGGACGGAAGCAACAGCUGUUCCACUCCAGGGAUUGCUAAUGAAAACCACCUUCAGAGCACCAUGGCAAGAGACACUGCGCCUGCACCUCUUCACCUUCGCUGUCACCUUCCUUCCCUCUCCCCUGGCAAAAGCCUCCGCGCUCCGCCCAGUGCCCCAGCGGCGGCGGGGGAGCGCGGCCCGGGACUCCGCGGCUCUUCCCGGAGCACCCGCAGAAACGCCCGUCCCCCCCUCACGGCCGGCCAGCGCUAUCGCUCGACCGGGACGGGGCGUCCUCCCGCCCGCCCCUGGGGAUAACGGGGACGCCGGCGCAGCUUUCGCGUGUCUCCCGCCGCCCGCCCGGCCUCGCACCCAGCGGAGCGCCCUCCCGGGACGCCGGGACCGAGCACGGCUCGGGGGCGUUCGCCCGGCCCGGGCGCAGCGGGACGGCGGCGGCCCCGCGCGCGCUCCCGAUCCCGGCGCCGUUGGCACGGGGUGGGGGUGGGGCGGGCCGGGCCGGCGGGCGCGCGGUGUCCAUGGCAGCGCGCGGACGCUGCCGCGCCCCUCCCCCCGCCCCCGCCGGCUGCGCGCGCUCACCGGCCGCUCGCGCCGCCGCAUCCCGCCGGCCCCGCGCGCCGCGUCAGCGCUCGCCCACGUGACGCGCCGCCCGUCGCGGGAGUUGCGCGUGGCGGGCGCGCGCCGCCCGGGCUCCGCGGGAACGCGCGUCACUCCCGCCGGGCCCCGGCACCGCUCCCGGAGCGCGGCCUCCGGCGGCGCAGCUCCCCACGGCGGGGCCGCAGCUCCCCACGGCGACGCAGCUCCCCACGGCGGGGCCGCCUCCGGGCGCGGGUGGGACGGCGCGGGCUCCCCGCAGGCAGCGCCCGCCCCGCCGGGGCCGUGGUGCGGGGCUGCAGCGCCCCCCGCGGGCGGGAAGGCGCCAGGGAGCUAA